AGCAGAGCGAGGCCACGGCGAGCCGGUCUGCAGCGGUUUGAGACGCAGCACUGAGGCUGUAUUCAUGCCCUGGAGCUCCAGUUCGAGCGGCUGACUCGGGAGCUGGAGGAGGAGCGGCAGAUCGUGGCCAGCCAGCUGGAGAGGUGCAUGCUGGGAGCCGAGUCGCCGGGCGGGGACAGCAGCAGCUCCUCUGAGAAGUCAUUUGCAUGGAGAUCUGCAGAUGCCUCGGGAGUCGGAGAGUCGCAGUGCGGCAUGAUGGAGGUGUCUGGAUCUCCUGGUCAUCACCUGCAGGAGGAGGAGGGACUCUACCCGGCCGAACCGGAGCGCGCCUCCUUGCACGACAGCGAGGGUCUGUUCAGAGGCUCUGGAGGUCAUUCGGUGCAGAUGACGUCGUACUCGGACAGCGGGUACCAGGACAGCAGCGUUAGUUAUUACAGUAACCAGAACGUGGUGCGUUCGGAGCCCCGGGCUUCGCUGUCCAGAAGCCCCAGAGCUGAGGGACAAGCCUCUGGACAGCCGUCCGGCCGGGUGUUGAGGAGGAUGGGCUCGCUGCCCUCCAGGAGCCAGUCUCCAGGCACCGCCGGCACCGUCUCGCCCUCCCGCAUCUCCCUGCGCACCUCGCAGGGCAGCUACGGCUCGCCCAUCCUGUCCGAGCCCAAACCGCUCGCCGCCGUCUUCCCCGGCACCACCAUGCCGCCCUCCUGCCCGUCGCCCUCCUCCCCAACCGACAGCCCACGCCCCACCAGCACCGGCAUCCAAGGCCCGGGAGGAAGCGGUGGCGGCGGCAGCGGUGGAGGUGGAGGUGGAGGAGGCGGGAGGAUGGGCUCCACCCUCUCCCUGGUGGAGGGGCGGGGCCUGGCGGGGUCGCCGCUGCGCUCGGGGAUGACGGCGGUGCCGCAGCACUACGGCUCCACACUGCCCAGGCAGAGCCAGCCGCUGGCGUACGGAGCCGACCCGUACGGGCUGUACCAGAGGAGCGCCCUGCCCCGCCCGGACAGCCUCAUAGGGCUUCACAGCUCGUACGCCGCUCACCCGGGACAGCUGGACCCCGAGCUGCGGGCCGCCCUGUCCCCAGACUGCCACAUGACGCCCGUGUUCGACGAGCGCUCCUUCCACAGCCCCCUGUACCACAGCCCCACCCACGACCCGCAGGGCGCCAUCUACAGGACAAGCACAGGUAUGGCGACCCUCCAGCGGACCACAAGCCAUUGCGGCACGCUGCCGUACCAAAGAAGCAGCUACGGGCUGAGCUCUGCCGCCCUGUACGCCGACUCCUACAGGGUUUCCCAGCAGGGGCUGGCCGGCGAGCCCGUCUAUUCCCGACACUCCGGGCUGGUGGAGCGCGUGGCCACCCGCUCUCCGUCCAUCGAGAGCAUCCACAAAGACCCCCGGGAGUUUGCGUGGCGUGACCCGGAGCUGCCGGAGGUGAUCCACAUGUUGCAGCAUCACUUCCCCUCGGUUCAGGCCAACGCCGCCGCCUACCUGCAGCACCUGUGCUACGGCGACAACAGGAUCAAAGUGGAGGUGUGUCACCUGGGAGGCAUCCAGCACCUGGUGGACCUGCUGGACCACAAGGUGGCCGAGGUGCAGAAGAGCGCCUGCGGGGCCCUGAGGAACCUGGUGUACGGCAAGGCCACCGACGACAACAAGGUGGCGCUGAGGAACUGCGGCGGCGUGCCGGCUCUGCUGCGCCUCCUCAGGAAAACCACCGACAACGAGGUCCGGGAGCUGGUGACGGGCGUCCUGUGGAACCUGUCGUCGUGCGACGCCGUGAAGAUGACCAUCAUCCGGGACGCCCUGACCACGCUCACCAACACGGUGGUCAUCCCGCACUCGGGCUGGAGCACCGCCCCGCACCGCGACGAGCACAAGCUCAAGUUCCACUCCUCCCUGCUGCUGCGCAACACCACCGGCUGCCUGAGGAACCUGAGUUCAGCGGGGGAGGAGGCGCGCAGUCAGCUGCGUUGCUGUGAGGGUUUGGUCGACUCGCUGCUCUACGUCCUCAAAGCCUGCGUCAACACCUCUGACUACGACAGCAAGAUCGUGGAGAACAGCGUGUGCACCCUGAGGAACCUCUCGUACCGCCUGGAGGUGGAGAUGCCCUCCUCCCGUCUCCUAGGCAACCAGGAGCUGGACGCCCUGCUGGGGUUCUCCUCCCCGGCCAAGGAGCUCGACUACCUCUGCUGGGGCAAGAGGAGGCGCGGCAGGAAGAGGAGCGGCUGGCCCGACGACAAGUGGGACGGUGUCGGGCCCAUCCCAGGCUUCUCCCAGCCCCUGAGGGGGGCCGAGCAGCUGUGGCACCCGGCGGUGGUGAAGCCCUACCUCAGCCUGCUGGCCGAGAGCUCCAACCCCGCCACGCUGGAGGGCGCCGCCGGCUCGCUGCAGAACCUCUCCGCCGGAAACUGGAAGUUCUCGGCCUACAUCCGGGCGGCGGUGCGGAAGGAGAAAGGUCUGCCCAUCCUGGUGGAGCUGCUGAGGAUGGACAACGACCGCGUGGUUUGUUCUGUCGCCACGGCGCUGCGCAACAUGGCUCUGGACGGCAGGAACAAGGAGCUGAUAGGGAAGUACGCCAUGCGGGAUCUGGUGAACCGUCUGCCCGGCGGCAGCCCCUCGCUGCUGUCGGACGACACGGUGGCGUCGGUCUGCUGCACGCUGCACGAGGUCACCAGCCGCAACAUGGAGAACGCCAAAGCUUUAGCCGACAGCGGAGGCAUCGAGAAGCUGGUGGACAUCAGCAAAGGACGAGGGAAAGGAUACUCUAUGAAGGUGGUCAAGGCAGCAGCUCAGGUGUUAAACACACUGUGGCAGUACAGGGAGCUGAGGACCCUCUACAAGCAGGACGGAUGGAACUACACCCAUUUCAUCACUCCUGUCUCCACCCUGGAGCGAGACCGCUACCGAUCCCAACCAACCCUGCCCACCAGCCCCCUGCAGAUGUCCCCCGUCAUCCAAUCAGGUGGUAGUGCGACGUCCUCGCCAGCCAUGCUCGGGAUACGACGACACAGUUCAAACUACCAGAGGGCGCAGUCAUCUAUGCAACUCGACACAUAUUAUGGAGACAACAGUUUACACAAACGACAGUACACAGGGUCUGAGAAGAAAACCCCAUAUUUCAUCGGGACGUAUUCCUCCCAGUCAGGAGAGGAUCUCAGAAGGUCCCAGCACCCAGAGCCAUUCUACGACGAGCCCGACAGGAAGAACUACAACAGCUACCGAAUGUACCUGUCGUCUCCGCAAGGCUACGGGGAGGAGCCGUACGAGGACGAGCCGGCGCACCUGACGCCGUCGUCCCCUGAGGCCUACGCCAGCCAGUCCCUCCGCUUCAAAGCCAACACAAACUACGUGGACUUCUACUCCACCACACGGAGGCCUUCCAACAGGGCCAACAAGUACACCGGCUCCCCCGACUCCUGGGUGUAGAGAAAUAAAUGGACACCGUGUAACUUGAGCGUUUGGCCGUUUGUUCCCGUGGCUGUUUGGUGUGAGGGGAGUGCGCCGCCGUGUGCUCGUGCGUGAACACCGCGGAAGCUUUGAGAAUGCAUGUGAACGUGUGUGCAUCCGUGUCGAAACCGUGCCGAGCGACCGCGGCUGGGUUUCCAAAACACGCGUCCUUUGGCUAAGCCGUGGCGUCGGGAAAGUGAAGCGCACAAACGGGGGGUCUUAGCCAAAAGACGCUUUUCACGAAAAAAAAACAAACCCCGGCCCGAAACUUCGUUGUUUACCAGAGUGUUUGUAACGUCGACUGAAGUUUUUUUUUCUUCUCUGCAGUAAAAGUGUGCAGUGUGUGUUGGCUUUAUAACAUAAAUAUCAUCCGCCAGCAUCAUCUGAAUGCGAGAGAAAAGGAACUUACUGAAGCUGUAGAUCCUGUGAAAAGACCAGACCUGGGCCAAACAACAUUCUCCAAUAAUCCUUUUGCAUUUAUUUUAACCUGCUUGGAUUACCAGAUGUGCCACAAAGUUUAGCCGGUCAAUUUCAGAUUAAAUAACCACAGAAGCAGCUUUAUCUCAGUCACCUGGUGCAGUAAACCAAACCUGAGCAGUAAUCCAAACAGAUUAAAACACAAUCCAAAAGUUAUUUUCAAAUAUUAUUCGACCCAGGCCUGGAAACGACAAGCUAACUAACGAACAUCUUGGCUCUUGGGGCCGUUCUAAAGACUCAGAGAACCGGAGUUACGAGAGUAACCCCCUUUUGCUUUUCUGUGCGACGGCCGAAAGCGCAGUAUAUCAUAAAGUAUGUGAAAUAUGUGGAAAAACACGUGAAAAACUACAGUAUUUGUACAGAUACAAUGGUUUAACUGUCUUGUUACAUUGUUGUAUUCAAUAUGUAGGACUUUAUAUGUGAUUGUGUGAAGAAGAUUUUUCUAUUAUUUAUUGAUUUUUUUUUUUUAUUAAUUUAAUUGUGACCUGACCAAAAUACCCCAUUUGUCUGUUCUGUCCCAAACUGAUGAUGCUAAUGUGCAAUGUUCCAGAGGGAAAUAUACAUAUAGGGAUUAAAGAUUAUAUCAUGACAAGA